AUGCAAAUUUCCAAGAUGCGGCGGCUGUCAGGCCUUUUCUCCGGACCCAAGACUUCAUUCCAAGUUCUCUCGGAUCUCCACCUUGACCACGAAUCACAGUAUCUUACCUUUCACAUACCAGUAGCAGCGCCGUAUUUAAUCCUCGCUGGAAAUAUUGGCCGCCUACUUGACUAUGAACAAUAUCUCGCCUUUCUCAUACGGCGAUGUAACCUUUAUGAGAAAGUCUACUUGGUUCUUGGGGCACUCGAAUUCCAUGGAGUUGGAUGGAUGGAAGGCCUGCAGUUAGCACAUCAGCUGGAAAAAGAGCCAGCAACACAAGGCAGGUUGGAGAUACUCUACGAGACGAGAAGUGAUGUGCCGGGAACGAACAUCACACUGUUAGGGUGCACUCUCUGGAGUCAGAUUCCAAAGUCGGAUGCAAGCGCUGCUUUGCGCAAGAUGCCAGAGUUUGACGAGGUCGAUGGGAUUCAAGACUGGAGUGUAGAGAAGCACAACGCCGAACACGAGCGAGACCUCCAGUGGUUAGUCGACGAACUGAAGAAUCCAAGCGCAGGCGAAAGCAGCUUAGCCCCUGGUGCUUCUGCAUCAAGACAGCAACGGCAGCUUAUCGUCGUCACAGCGUUUUCAGCAGAUCUUCGUGGAUGUCUAGAACCUUGGCAAGUCGACGCCCCGUGGGCCUCCUCAUACGGAACAAGCCUUCUAGACAACCCAUCAUUCAAUGCUAUUAAGAUGUGGAUCUCGGGAACGACAGGCCGGACAUGCGAGUUCAAAAAAGGGCAGACGACAGUUGUUAGCAACCAGCGUGGAAGAGUCAGCGAGCACGUAACUGGCGCAUUGAAAGAUGGCCUGUCAGAAAAGCAGAAAGUCGGCUUGUUCGACGUCAUGCGGGUUGUGAAGAUGUAG